UGAAUAACAAACAAGUGCCUUGAAAUGAGCUCAAAAUGAAACAAAAUGGGAUACACCUACUUCAUUCUAUCACUCAUCAUGACGUCAUAAGCUGGAAUUGAUUCAAAUUGAAAUAUUUGGUUGCAUCUAAUUUUACUUCAAGAAUUGACCAAUUUGUUGCUGAUAAUUUUGAAAAAUUUCCACUAAUGUGAGAAAUUUAGAGAAAAUUUUUGAUAAAAAUAAGUCAUUUUAAUUUACAUAUAUUUCGAAUUCAAUGAAGUAGGAAAUUUCUACGAUCAAAUGAAAUAAAUUUUUGGUUGAACAAAAUGCUAACGGGUGUCAUAAGAAAAAUUAACAACGGUGUUGUCGGUAGAGGAAGUACCACUCACGAUGGGGAACGAAAUUUAUUAAAAUUCAGAUGCCAAAAUCGAUCACAACAGAAAGUGGUAACCUCGAAAAAGAAUAAUCCUCAUAGUAGAAAUUCUUCUAAAGGACCUUCCGUAACCGAUUUAAAAUUAGAAGAAGAAAAAAUAUGUCGAAUAUGUCGUUUAAAUGAGAUAAAAACCAAAGAAAAUUUGAUAUCUCCGUGUGCGUGUAAGGGUACUUUGGCACACAUACAUCGAUCAUGUCUAGAAAAAUGGCUGAAACGAUCAGGAACCACGUAUUGUGAAUUGUGCCGUUUCAAUUAUACUGUCAAAGUCAUAGAAAGGUACUCCAAAGUUGAUUCAAUUCGUAGAUGGCUCACUGACGAUGAUAAUUUCGACGAUGCGCAAGAUCUAGUAGUAGAUAUGGUCCUGGCAGUCACUUUCCUACCGAUCGUGUUCAUUUGUGGUUAUGGUUUUCUGGCGGUUUGUUCAGAAACACCUCGUAUUACCUCGUACAGUCUAUCGAAGAAUACCUUUGAAAUAAAGCAAAAAUUAUGGGUAGUUUUCAUGCUCGGUUGCGCUACUGUAUCGAUUUUGGCCAGUUACACGUGCUGGAUUGCUUUGCGAUCGGCUCAUUAUCACAGAAAAUGGAGUAGCUGGGUUCGAAGACAUGGAAAACUGAUUUUAAUUCUCGAUAAAAACGAAACCGCUUUGUAGCUCGAUUUUACCACAGACUGUUUUUUUUUCUCAAGCUUUUUAAUUCCAACACCAUUUUAAUUAUUUUAUUUCGACUCUUUAUCGGGAAAAUCGUAGAUGAAAUUCAUUUUGUUGUUUAGUAGAUUAUUAACAAUUUGAAAACCAUUUUAAAGCAUUACAAGAUCAACGUAAAAUUCAUUUUAUAGUAGUUCUAUCGAAAAACAUAAAACUUGCAUACGUACUGCAAACAAGUACCUAUGUCAAUUCAAUUCCUAUACAUUUGCAUACCACGAUGUUAUGAUCUUGAAUUACCUAAUAAAAAGUUAUCAGUAAUUA